AUGUCUCGCUCUCAGCUUGACCAGUUCAUCGAGGAUGAUGGAGAGGAGACAUGUCCGCUCUGCGUCGAGGACAUGGACCCUCAGGACAGGAAAUUCCGUCCAUGUCCCUGCGGCUACCAGAUCUGCCAGUUCUGUUACAACAACAUCAAGAACAACGUGAACGGGCUGUGUCCCGCGUGUCGGAGACCCUACGAUGAAAAGAACAUAGACUACACGCCUCCAAGCGCGGAAGAGUUAGCGAAUCACAAGGCCAAUCUGCAAGCUCAAGCAAGGAAAAAAGCUGCAGCGCGACAGAAAGAAGCACAGAAGCGCGAGGCCGACAACUUGAGCCGAAAACAUCUUGCUGGCUUGCGAGUCGUCCAGAAGAACCUCGUCUACGUGACUGGCCUAAGUCCAACCACGCGAGAAGACCGGCUGCUCGAGACGCUACGAGGCCCGCAGUAUUUUGGGCAGUAUGGUAAGAUAGUCAAGAUCGUCGUCAGCAAUGCCAAACACACCUCCAUGUCCCAGCCUGCUGUCGGGGUCUACGUCACGUUCGAGAACAAAGAAGACGCGGCGAAGUGCAUCGCCGCAGUAGACGGAUCCCAGAAUGGCGAAAGGAUACUGAGGGCACAAUAUGGAACCACCAAGUACUGCUCGGCUUAUCUGCGCAACGAAAUCUGCAACAACCGAAACUGUAUGUUCCUUCACGAGCCUGGUGAAGAGAACGAGAGCUUCACACGUCAAGACAUGUCUUCCAUCUCCGCGAUAUCUUCGCAACAGCCUGCGCAGGUGCAUACCUCCUCCUCUAGACCUCUGCAACCUCAGGCGCCGCCGCCGCAACAAGCUCCGCAUCCAAUCGCCGCCGCUUCUCAGCCGAUGGACAAGCAGGAUAGCAAGGACGGUUCUGGCAGUCCUACAGAUAGCCAGGGCGAUGGCUCUGCGCUUCCAUCGAGUGCUAGUUGGGGAAAGCAGGUUCAAGACCGACAAACGAGCCGUGCCGCAAGUGGUGCCACCAGUGGUACCACCGCGAGUCCCCAGACAACUGCUGCGGUACCAGCUCCGCAGCCGGCAGAGUCAAGCAAAUCCCGAUCGGAAGCGGCGCCCAAGGUUACUGAAAAGGAUAAGGAAGCGAAAGCGGAAACCCCCAAAUCAUCAACGCCUCAGAGCCAGCUCACCGACACCCUCCCUGAGCCUCCUGCUGCAACGCAGAAGCUGUCCAGGCCACGGAAACCGCGGUUGCCUUAUCUUGACGAUGCGCUCAAAAUCCUCUCCACAGCAGACUUUACGCCUUACUUCUCCGCUGCUAAUCUUGAUCCGGAGGACUUAGAGAUUGUCACGAAUUUCCCCUCACUUAUCGACCCGAACGGUGGUGCGAAGCUAAGAGCCAGGAAGAAUCGGGAAGCGGAGCGUCUUAGACAAGCAGCUGAGGCCCGGGACGCUCAACAAGCAGCUCUUACGGUGGAGACUGAGGAGGCUACGGAAGGCGCUGGUGGAAGCCUCCAGCUGGGUGGUGAGCCCGAGGAACGGCAAGAUGUCGGCUUUAGCCAAAGCUUACAGCAUGCGAUUCAACCCCCUUCACAACAGCUACCAAACAGCACCAACCUCGGGCUGGGCCAGAACCUUUCGCUCGCCGAUAAUCUUGGUAACUUUGAUCUGUACCGAGGGUUCACUCCGCAGCAGCAGCAACAGCAGCUCCUUUUGCAGCAGCUCCAGUCGGCAAGUCCUCAAAAGACCAAUCUGCUCAAUGCGUUCCAAGGCACCCAAUCUCAACAAGCGCAACACGGCUCGAGUCACAACCAACAAGGCGGAAGCGCGCCAGGCCAUGCGAGGCACACCUCUAGAUUCACUUUCGCCAAUGAUACUGCGUCAGCUUCCGCGCAGGUCAAGCCGGUGGUCAAUGCUAAGCUCAUGAACCAGCAAUCCUCCAUGAUGCCACAAAACAACAAUCACUUCAAUCCGCUUUCUCAACCCCAGCAGCUCGGUAACCAGUUCUUCAGCAGUGCUGUACAAGGGCCUCCGCCUGGACUCAAAACCACAGGCACACCACCUGUCAGCGGAGGCGGCAUGUUCGGCCAAGGUCACGGCUUUGCGACAGGCAGUCUCGUGUACGGUGCCAAUGCCGCGAGCAGGAAUGCGAACGAAGAGAUGAUGCAGGAUCUACUCCGCGGCCGAGCCGGCAACGCUCGCGUCGGCAAUGCUCAAGAAGUUGGAAAGCGUGAGUCUAUGUUUCCUUCCUUCCUCAAUCACCACCCCAUGACCUCCGCGUCUGGCACUGCCCCUGGGCUUCCCAGCUUCCCCUAUGGACCUUCGCCUGGUGCAUACCAGGACUCUGGUUCUCAAAAGCCGAAGAAAAAGGGGAAGAAGCACAGACAUGCUAACACUUCCUCCUCUGGGGGAGGUGGAAUAGUUGAUGUUGCGGACCCGAGUAUUUUGCAGGCGAGGUUGCAUCAAGGCGGAGUCCUAGCGGGACAGGGAUUGUAUGGCGGGCAAGGUCAAGGUGGGUUCAGUUCAGUGUACGGCGGUGGCGGCUUCAACAAUAGAUGGUAG